AUGCACUCGGAUGCCGCCGCUGUCAGUAAGUAGCGGGGAGGUUUCGCUCGGUGAGGGGGCCGAGGGGGGGGUUGCUAGGCGACCUCUGAGCGACGGUUGCGUGAGGGGAAUGUUCUCACGGGGGGUGGGGCGGGCGCGUUUAAAGGCUGAGGGGAAAAGGGAAGGGAAUCUUAACGGGUGGCGGCGGGUGGGGGGGAAAUACGGGUAGGGGGGAGGAAAUGGCUGUGACGCAGUUCGUUCUUCCGGACGGCGAUUGUUCUCGGCGCCCGGUGGUCUCCCCUCAGCCGCUCCGACCGAAAGAGAGGAGGAAGAGGAGCGGAGGGGCCUGCUUCUUGGGGGGCCCCGUUGUGAAAGGGGGCAGAAGGAGCAAGCGCCCCCUCCCCCACCCCUCCUCUCCCCUUCUCUUUAUCCCGCGUUGCAUUGUGGGAGUUGGAGUCCUCGCCUCCCGGCCUGUGCGCUGCACGGCGCGAGCUGCGCACUACAACUCCCAGAGCCAAGCGCACUGCCAACGGUCUUUCUCCUCUCUCUCCUUGUCCACCCCCUUCUUUCCUCCUCCGCUCACCCCUCUUUUUGGGUCAGUGGGUUGCAGCCUGAGAGCGACCCAGAACUCUCUGGCCUGGGGGAAAGAGUAGGUAGGUUGGCCAGGGGGGCGUGGAUUCUGUCCUGGUGGGUCGUGCAUGCUUCGGGAAUAGGGGGCUGGGGCUUGGAGGGAUGUGUGUGUGUGUGUGUGUGUACCUGCUCCCUUGGGGAAGAAAUAAGCGGCAUUGGAGGAGCAGAAGGGCCAGUCCCUUGCAUCCCGAUGACAUUUUGCUCUUUAACUUGCCCAAACGUCUCUAUUUCUCCAGUGUUUUGCCUGCGCUGGGCAAAGUUCCCUCUUGACAGAUUGUCAUUGUCUGCAUUCUGGAGAAGUCGUGGGGGUGGCGGUGAAGCAGCCCUUGGCCCUCUUCCUAGACAUGUUGCUUUGGAAGGCGGUUCUGUUAAAGCCACUAACUCCCUUCAAGUAAAUUUGUUCUUGCAGUUGAUCUGCGCAAUUUACAUUGCUGCAAAGUAUUGUUUCCCAGAGACAAAUAAUUUAUCUGUCUCUUUAACAAUUGAUUGCUUCUGUAGAUUGUUAUAGACCAGUUUUUCUUUCUUUCUGUUUUUCCUUAUUUUUUGAGUUUUUCUUUCAAGUCUCCCGUCGCUGUAUCCCCUACAUGAUCCAACACAGUAAUAUCCCAGUCUUAAAAUAUUGCUCACAGGUCUUCAGGAGAACGCCCAUCCCCAAAAUCACUAAGGCAAACAAAGGCAGCCAGUCAAAGCAGAUUUAGCUGGCAUAAUGUUCAGGCACAGUUGAAUUUUGUGUAAAGGUUAAAUUAUAUGAAUGAUUUUUGGAACCUAAACUCUUUCUUUCCAAAGGUAAUGUGGAACAUAACAGUCUUGCUGGAGAGGCUUGUUGUCUUCCUGCAGUUUUUUUCCUACUCUUUGGUAGUAAGGCAGUUAAUAAAUACUCGAGUCCAUAAUGCAUCUCGCUGCUUAUAUGAAAUUGAAACUAAAUUUCCUUUAAAAUCUGCUGUAUGAUGAAAGCUUUAGUUUAGAUUAGGGUACUUAAAAGCAAAAAUAAAGCAAGCUUUUCAAAAUGCAUUUCCAAGAUCUCUUCUGGUUGCUGAGGAAUAGCUUUGUAAAAAGCUUUUGUGAUGCCCUCCAUUAUUUUUAUACAUUUAAAAGUGUUACACAUUUUCAGUAUUCCCACAUGCUUUUCAGAACUGUACAGCAGUUAAGCCAAAAUUAUAAAUAACAUAGAAGCAUAGUCAUAGUCAAUCUCCUAUGCCUUCUGGCAGAAGUGGAAGAAGCCACCUCAGGUUUUUGUUUUAACAGCUACUGAAGCUACAUAUUUAGCAGAACAAGCAAAAUAUUUUUAGGCUGGACAGUGUCCAUGGGCAAGAAAACCAUAAUUCUUCAGUGCCCUUUUUGCUAACUCAGUCAUUUUAAAAGCUUAACAUUUUUACACUACAGUCUUGUACAUAUCUACUAAGAGGCAAAUCUCAUUGAGUUCAGUGAGGAUCACCCCACAUAUAAAUUGGGGCACCGUCCUAUGUACAUGGCAGUACAGUCAUACCUCGGCUUAAAUACUCUUUGAGUUGGGCGUGUUUGAGUUGCACUCCGCGGCAACCCGGAAGUAACGGAGUGUGUUACUUCCGGGUUUCGCCACUUGCGAAUGUGCAGAUGCUCAAAAUGAUGUCAUGCACAGAAGCGGCGAAAAGUGACACGCGCGUGCGCAGACGUGCCAUCGCUAGAGACAUUUACCUCUAGAUGCGAAUGGGGCCCCGGAACGGAUCCCGUUCGUAUCUAGAGGUACCACUGUAUAUGUAAGCCUAGUUGAAUUCACUAGAAAUUGCUUCUGAGUAAACAUGCUUAGGAAUAUUAUAAACCAAAGAACUGUAAUUGCUGGCCUAGCAAGAGGAUUUGGUGUCAGUGUUUUCUCUAAAGCAUCUUCCUCUUCUGAUAUUUUAGAAGCCUUUAAUUUAGUUUUACUUAAAAUAUGAACAAAAACGUUUUUUGUAAAGCAACUCUUAAACUAUACUUUCAGACUUAUCACUCCGUGAUUUUUUCAGAUAGAGAUACUAAAAUUUUCUGUUCUAGUGUUGCACAUGCAGCGUUCAGGUUAUGAAGUAUCUUAUUCACACUUUUCAUUCAUAUUAGAUAUUCUUUGGCCCAUGAAGUCUAAAUUGCUGAAUUUCUCAGAAAUAAAAUUCUCUUUCACCCCUUUUUUUCACUGUUGAAAUACGUGCCUGAUUGUGUCUGAGGUAGGAGAGGUUGAAGGACUUUGAAAUAUUCCAAUUUCUAGUACAGACAGCUGAUUCUGAAGCUCAUGUGAUAGUGUUAAUCAUUCCUCAUUCUUUCUGUGAAUACUCAGAUAUGUAUUUGUAUAAUUUCACUGUUUUAUGUAAAACUAGAGCCCUUGUCUUUAUGUUGAACUAGAUCCUUUGUCCUCAAAACCCCUGCUCAACAAUAAGGGGAAUAUUUGGAUAUGUGGAAAUGGUUGUGAGGGAAAUUUUAUACAUGAAGCACAUGGCUCUGACCAAGUCAGUCUUGAAACAAGUACAGUCAAACCUUGGUUGUCGAACGUAUUCCGUUCCGGAAGACUGUUCAACUUCCGAAACAUUUGACAACAGAGACGCGGCUUCCGAUUGGUUGCAAGAGCUUCUUACACUCAAGGGGAAGCCAUGUCAGACAUUCCGGUUCCGCAAACGUUCAAAAACCGGAGCAUUUACUUCCGGGUUUUUGGCAUUCGGGAGCCGAAAUGUACGAUAACGGAGGUGUUCGGGAACCAAGGUUUGACUGUAUCACAAACUUUUAUCUGGAAGAAGGGGAGCAACGUUGUACUGUAGUCUAAAAUAAAGCACUUAUUGGAGAGUAAGUUCUAUUGAAGUUAGAGGCGCUUAGUUUCAAGUAAACAUAUAUAUUCUCUCAAGCGUACAUGCGAGGAAGUAAUUCCCAUUGAACUUGGAGGAAAUGGAUUUUAAGUAAGCAUAUUUUGUAUUAGGGGUUUGAUCCUUAAGGUCCCAUUGUAAUCGAAAUUUAGAACCCCAUAUACUUGGAAGGUUAGUAAAGAGAACUUUAACAAAAUAGCAGCUAUUGAAUCAGUUUCUGUCACAUUCAAGUAAACGUUCAUUAAAAAUGAAAGCCUCACAUGUAUCCUUGUUUUCUAUUGUAUUGUAGUCUUUUAAAUUUGAAUUUUGAAAAACUGCAAGUUGUGUCCAAAAAUUCCAUGCUCAGGAGGGCACUAGUGAAGUUUCUUGCCCCCUUUCUCCCUAUUUAAGCCCCCUGUACCAUAAAAGGUUUCUUGCAGGAUUAGUAGUGUAGCAUGCGGGGAGCAGGGCACAGGGGCACUUUCCCCAGGUGCAAAAUUGUUAGGGGCACAGUAUUGCAACACCCAGUGCUGCUUCAGUGCAGCUGCAUGCUUCUGUUCCUGGGCUCCAUUGAAAACGCUUCUUGAUGCGAACCAGGAAAUGGCCUCUCCAGAAAACGGACUGGCUCUUCUCUUCUUAUAUCUGCAACUGCAAUCUCCUGGUUGGCACAGAUGCUGUUCGGCAGUUGAAUGUGCAAGCAUACUCCACCCGUUUCCCUCCCACGUCCCCUCGGCAUGGCCCUGGGCACUAGCAACCCACGGUACGCCACUGUGCAGGAGUUAGAAGACCUGCAGGACAGCUCUCUGAAAAUCAGGAAGAGACAGCUUGUGCAAGAGUCACACGCCAUAUUCCAGACCUUUCACGCCAUAUUCCAGACCUUUCACGCCAUAUUGCAGACCUUUCCUAAAGGUAUCCUAACAUUCUGAGAGACUUUAAGGGGGCUUAGGGGUCUGCAGUGGGGAGCAAAGGGGAGGCAAUGUCCUGAGUAGUCUUCCACUUAUGUAACUUCUGGAAACACUCAUGUGAGUUUUAAAUAUUGUAGUAUGUACAAGUUUUUAAUUUUAACAAACUUAAAAUGAAAAUGCAUUUUAUCUAAUUUGAUUUAAUAAUUUUUGAAAUAACUGUACAGUAGAAGGAAAUGCUUUCCCUUUCACAUGUAAAUCCCCGUCCCCGCUAAAUUUGUUGGCCUCUGACUUACAUUCUUCAAUUCUGGAAGGUUAUGUUCCUGCCCUUAUAGGAAUAGAGGCCACCAUAGAGUUGAUCCAGUUACCUAAUAUUUGCUGGAGUUUGUUAUGAUUUCAUAUGAGACCAAACUGGAAGACUUGGCACAAGUGAACUGUUAAGUAGAUAUAGCAAGCCUCAUUGGGAAUAACAUGGUGGAAAUAAUUUGUAUUAGUGCAAUGCAAUGGCUUUGAAAUAUUACUUCAGGUUUCAUAUUUAAAAUGUCAGUCACUUCAUGUGUUGAAUCCCCAACUGUGGAACACGGGAGGAACAUUAUGAGCAUCAGGAAGAGAAUGGGAAACAGAUUCUCUUUGCAGAAAGCUGAAGAAGUGUUUUAAGUUCAUGUUUUUUUCUUCCGCUGUUUUGUGAUAUAAAUAGUAGGCCUGACGUGGUAAACUCUGUCACAUCAUGUUGCUGCUGCUUUUAUUAUUUGUAUUUAUUAGUUGCUUUACUCAUAGAAAUAACUGAAAGCCAUUUACAGAUAAUAGAAAUAUUAAACCAAUUACAAUAAACACAAUAAAUAAAAACCUAAAAACCUCUAGAGAUGUACUGAUGGCUUUUAACUGUAAUAAAAUAGUUGCUUUUACAUCUAAAAAUUCUGUAAAAUGAAAGCUUCAAGUUAAAACUGACCAUACAACUCAGCCUCUAAAAUACUUCAAUAAAGAAGAGCCAAAGGUUUAUUUGAAUAAAAGGGUUCUCACCACCCACUGGAACACGAAUAGGGCUAGGCAGAUCUCCCCUUCAGAGAGCAUUCAUAAGCUUUGGUGGCACAUAGAAAAUUCCUGUUUUCCCCUUUCACACCUCAGACAAUGAAGAUGGCUUAAUACAAAAAUGCUACAAUCUAACCUGAUCCUCCCAGUUAAUCAUUUGGUGGUUAUAUUUUUAAUCAGUUAAUGUUUCUGAAAGUUUUUAAAGGCAGCCCCUUGUGGGGACUCAAUUGAAAUGUAGUAUAGAUGCUUUGUUGCAUGAAUGACUUGAGCUUAUUUUACAGUUGCAUUCUACAACUUCCUUGUGAAGUUUCAGAUUCUCGCAUCUUGAAAAUAUCUGUUGUGCUUACUCCAGUUCUUAAGUUAGGCAGUGUUGAUUUUGAACUAAAAUACGUCACCAUGAAAUCAUAGAAUCGUAGAAUUCAUAACUAACUUGGGUCCAUUAAUUUCAUUGUGUCUACUCUGAGUAAAACUUAGUUGGAUACAGCCCAUUGUCUUAAAGAAUGAGCACAUCAAGGGGCUGCGAGGAACCGACUUAUUUGAGAAACAAUAUGGUAUAAAAUUAGGAGUAAUGCGUUGCUGUGUUUUGUUGGUCUGCCUUUAAUAAAAUAAUGGGAGGGUUGUAGAAAUCUCUUCCCAGCUGGAACAAAGAAAUUCACAAGAGACAAAAAUUGGGAUAUCAAACCAGCUGCUACAUACAGGACACUUUCCCUCUGAUUAUGAUGUUUCUUUGGUUCAAAGAAUUACCCAGUGCCUAACAAUGCACAACUCCUGGUAUCUAUGGAUAUCACCUGUAUAAACUGUCCCUUUUUACUCAUAGAGCCAUACUAGGCGCAAGUUGUUCAUGAUGAAAAACACCACUGCUUCUGUACAUCAGGUUAGAACCUUAUAGCAUGUCUUUUGUGACAUCAGCAAUAAUUUGAUUGACCAUUCUAACUCGGUUCUAACCUAAGUGUAUAUAUGGGCUAGAUGGGUGUUCAAAUUCAUAUGGAUACAUAGCAAACCUUUUAUUCCAGAUAUGUUUUGCAGAGCUAAGAAUAACUUUAUGCUCUUGAAGAUGGAAAACUUUUCCCCAUCACGUUCUACAUUUUGUAUGUUUUGAGAGUUGAAGCAAGCCAAGUGAAAGAUUCAUACCUUGGUUCUCGAAUGUAUUCUGUUCCGGAAGUCCGUUCGACUUCCAAAAACUUUCAAAAACCAAGGUGCGGCUUCCGAUUGGCUGCAGGAGCUUCCUGCACUCAAUUGGAACCCGUGUCAGACGUUCGGCUUCCAAAAAAACACUCGCAAACUGGAACACUCACUUCCGGGUUUGCGGCAUUUGGAAGCCAAAACGUAUGAGUACCAAGGUGUUCAAGAACCAAGGUACAACUGUAUAGGGUAAUGUAAUAGCUUUUUCGGGGGCUGUGGGGGGUGUGACAUUAUGUUCUAAUGUAAAAAGUAAUAAUAAUGAUCUUACCAAAAGCUAAUAUUAAAAUAAAUUAGUUAUACAAUCCUAUGAACAACCUACCUGCAAAUAAUUUAAUUUGGAAGGCAGUGUGGCUGCUCUUAAGCAAGUCAGAAUUUUUUCCUGCUGUAAGACAUUCUGUAGUGCUGCUCUUCCAGAAAGGACUAUCAUUGCCAGAUGCAUCACAUUACUAUAAAACUUUUAAGGUGAUACCUUCUGAUGACUUGCCUCUACACCAGGGGUCAGCAGACCUUUUCAGCAGGGGGCUGAUCCCCUGUCCCUCAGACCUUGCGGGGGGGGCGGCGGACUAUAUUUUGGGGAAAAAGAUGAACAAAUUCCUAUGCCCCACAAAUAACCCAGAGAUGCAUUUUAAAUAAAAGCACACAUUCUGCUCAUGUAAAAACACUAGGCAGGCCCCACAAAUAACCCAGAGAUGCAUUUUAAAUAAAAGGCACAUUCUACUCAUGUAGAAACAUGCUGAUUCCCAGACCGUCCGUGGGCCGGAUUUAGAAGGCGAUUGGGCCAGAUCUGGGCCCCGGGCCUUAGUUUGCCUACCCAUGCUCUACACAUUCCUAGAGACAUUUGUCACCACAACGUCAAUUACCAUAUUUUUCGCCCCAUAGGACGCACCGCCCUAUAGGACGCACCUAGGUUUUUUUUGGGGGGGGGGGAAUAAAGAAAAAAAAUGUUUUCCCCCCCAGGCAUGGGGCUGGCGCGGGGGAAGCCCGAGCUUCCCCCGACCCCAGCCCCCAGAACAGCCUGCUAUCCGCAAGCCUAGGGAGCUGCGCCGGUCUUCGGAAUGCAGGCAGCUCUGCGCAACCUUUGGGAGCCCGGCGCGGCUUGGCGUCGGGCUCCCGAGGGUUGUGCAGAGCUUCCUGAAGCCUGGAGAGCGAGAGGGGUCGGUGUGCACUGACCCCUCUCGCUCUCCAGGCUUCAGCGAAAGCCUGUAUUUGCCCCAUAGGACGCACACACAUUUCCCCUUCUUUUUGGGAGGGGAAAAAGUGCGUCCUAUAGGGCGAAAAAUACGGUACAUUGAGGCAAAUCUGUGUUGUGAAUGGUUACAGUGAUAUUGCAGACAAUGCUCAUAGUAGUUUCGCUUGCCUUGGUUGGAUCAAUACAAUGUUUUGGUUCCUGAAAUUCAUUCUGAUUGUGCGGAUAAAAUAUAACUGAUACAGGAUGGGGUAUUAGUGUGUGAAAUCAGUCAAGAUCCAAUGAUCCCAAAGCAUGCAGCUCCAGAGGGUGGAGGUGACAGGCACCAUCCGGGCACCCAGGCAUCUUCACUUGGUCGCAAGUGCCGCUAGCCAGGUGCAAAAUGCGCCUGGUGAAUUUUGAACACUGGUUUGAGAUGUAGUAUUACUCUUGCAGAAGGAGAUAGGGGACUCAAAUAACAUUCAGGUAUGUCAUUUAAUGGAAUACAAAAAAGCCAUAUAUAUAUAUACACACACACACACACACACACUGUGUUGUAUGACAGGAGAAAGGCAGUUCAAAAUUAAGACUUUUAGCUUUAUCUGCAGUACUUUUGAAAUGUGUUUAUUAAGCAUUCUAAAAGGUGACAUAACCUUAAUUAGAAAAAAUGUUUUUAUUUCUCUCUAGAUUUUCAGCUGAACUCUCAUCUAUCAACACUGGCAAAUAUUCAUAAGAUUUACCACACUCUUAAUAGGCUGGUAAUCACUUGCAUUUUUUAAAUCUACUACUUAUAUAGUUUUGUCCGAUUAGAAAAUGUCCUGACAUGAUUUUCCAGAGCUGGCUGUACCUUUGUAAAUAGACGUAUGCCAAGUAGACCUGCAAAAAAUUAUUGAAAAUGAUUUUUCAAACAUCCAUGCCUCUUAAUUUUCUUCAUGUAUACUCAGCAUUUGGAGAUGAAGCCAUGACAGCUUCUUGCUAUAAACCCUAGGAUUUUUUUCAACACAAUGGAAAGACAAAUUGCUGAAAUUUGUACAAAGGACAAGGAAUGAAGGGAGACUUUAUUCAAAGCACAUCUCCACAAGUAGGAAAGAUGAAGCCUUCUCCCCACUCAGAUUUCCUCCUGACCACAUUGCUAGAUGCACCAUGGAUUUUAUUUCAGAUGACCUUCACCUAAUGGCUGCAGAAUCUUGUGGCAUGCACAUCCUCCCCUUUCCUCAUGAGUAAGAUGAGGUGUGUCUGUUUUAUCUUCCCAGAGUAAUUGUGCAGGUGAGGGUAGCAUGUGCCAAGAUGAUCGAGGCAGCAUGCUCAUCUUAGUUGCACACUUGCUCCAUUUGCUCAUGUGGAAAUAGAUUGAUUAGCCCCCAACCUUUGACCCAAGUCAACCUAAAACAGUGCUGCCGCAGCUUCUAAAACUUACUGAAGUCCUCUCCUCUAAGCAGCAGUCAUAUUCGAAGGUCGAUGGACUGAUUUCAAAGUCCUAUCCUUGCGUUAACUUCACGGUGGAGUCGCAAGUGCCGCUAGCCAGGUGCAAAAUGCGCCUGGUGAAUUUUGAACACUGGUUUGAGAUGUAGUAUUACUCUUGCAGAAGGAGAUAGGGGACUCAAAGAACAUUCAGGUAUGUCAUUUAAUGGAAUUCAAAAAAGCCAUAUAUAUAUACACACACUGUAUUGUAUGACAGGAGAAAGGCAGUUCAAAAUUAAGACUUUUAGCUUUAUCUGCAGUACUUUUGAAAUGUGUUUAUUAAGCAUUCUAAAAGGUGACAUAACCUUAAUUAGAAAAAAUGUUUUUAUUUCUCUCUAGAUUUUCAGCUGAACUCUCAUCUAUCAACACUGGCAAAUAUUCAUAAGAUUUACCACACUCUUAAUAGGCUGGUAAUCACUUGCAUUUUUUAAAUCUACUACUUAUAUAGUUUUGUCCAAUUAGAAAAUGUCCUGACAUGAUUUUCCAGAGCUGGCUGUACCUUUGUAAAUAGACGUAUGCCAAGUAGACAUGCAAAAAAUUAUUGAAAAUGAUUUUUCAAACAUCCAUGCCUCUUAAUUUUCUUCAUGUAUACUCAGCAUAUGGAGAUGAAGCCAUGACAGCUUCUUGCUAUAAACCCUAGGAUUUUUUUCAACACAAUGGAAAGACAAAUUGCUGAAAUUUGUACAAAGGACAAGGAAUGAAGGGAGACUUUAUUCAAAGCACAUCUCCACAAGUAGGAAAGAUGAAGCCUUCUCCCCACUCAGAUUUCCUCCUAACCACAUUGCUAGAUGCACCAUGGAUUUUAUUUCAGAUGACCUUCACCUAAUGGCUGCAGAAUCUUGUGGCGUGCACAUCCUCCCCUUUCCUCAUGAGUAAGAUGAGGUGUGUCUGUUUUAUCUUCCCAGAGUAAUUGUGCAGGUGAGGGGUAGCAUGUGCCAAGAUGAUCGAGGCAGCAUGUUCAUCUUAGUUGCACACUUGCUCCAUUUGCUCAUGUGGAAAUAGAUUGAUUAGUCCCCAACCUUUGACCCAAGUCAACCUAAAACAGUGCUGCCGCAGCUUCUAAAACUUACUGAAAGCCUUCCCUUAAGCGACAGUCUUUGCAGAGGUGAUGGACCGUUCAAAAGUGCUAUCCUUUCUUAACUCAAGGUGGAGUUGUAUAUUCCCUUUGUGUCUUGUUUUUUGCACUGUUGUCUGUUUCCAGCAACUCCCCCUUUUCCUAUUACAGUCGUACCUUGGAGCUUCCUGCAGCCAACCAGAAGCUGCAAUUUGGUUUUGAAACCUUUUGGAAGUCGAACAGACUUCUGGAAUGGAUUCCGUUCGAUUCCAAGGUACGACUGUAUUGCAGGCUCAGAAAGCUAUGGCACUUUACAGUCUCAUCUCUGAUCUGGCGACCAGUCCCUUAUGUUUGCUUUAAUUGCUUUUUAACACAUGGUUACUGCAGCCAUUCCCAGAGCUCAUUCCUUCUAGAUAGGGUUACUAGUGGCCAGAUCCAAGUGCUGACUUACUAUAGGCAAAUGCUCACACUCAAACCCAUUCUGCAGUGAAGCCCGGGGAUGACAUCCAAUGUCACGUAUGAGGAUUUCCAUAGUAGGAAUUCUCCUUCCACCCUGCACCUCCUCAAAUCCAUUCCCAUCCCUGAGAAUCUUAAAAUCUAAAAUUUGCCAUUGCGGUAAAUUUAGAAAAAGAUGGGAAAUUGUAAGAAGAAAUUGGAUAGCUGGUGCUAUUUGAAAAUAGCUAAACUCCUAGUUAACUGCAUUGAUUUUAAAUUUUACAGAAUUUGACAGAAGACGUUGGUCAAGACGAUCACCAAACAGGUUAGAGAGUUUUAUACAAAUUAUACUGUCGUGUGUUUUAGGAAUCUUAGGUAGAGGGGGAACCUUCCUGACUGUAGAAAUUAACACCAACGAGGAAGGGGUGUUAACAUUAAAAACGAGGGACAGUCAGUUAGCUUGUAAGAUUCGCUAGGCUAUGUAAGGAUUCUGGUUCAAGAGUUGGCCAUUCCUAGCAACCCCUUUUCCAAAAAAACCAAUCUUUGGGGGGAAAGUUGCUUUGAAAACUGUUGUUGAAUUUUAAAACGUGACAUCUCAGAACAGCACCUUUUAUAGUAGAAGGUGCUUGCACUACAGUGGAAGAUUGUGGAAAUUGCCUUAAUGCCUGUAUUUUAUAGCAUCAGUGUAGACAAAUGGACUGUGUGAAUGAGUGUUAUGAGCAUAUUAAGCUGUAUUGUACUAAGCCGGUCCAUUGGUUUCCUUGGCUUGAUAGUGUUUGGCAGUGGUUCUCCCAGUCACCUGGCAGAGAUCUUGCACCUUCUUUAUGCAGAGCAUGUCACUGAACUAUGCCCCUUCACUUAGAUGGCUUAUUAUAAUUUUAAAGUUAGGAUCGAAAAGCCUUUCAGCCAAAGAGGUCAGUUAAGAAUUUGCAAAUUCACUCAUGCAUCAAAAAGCAUUAUGAUUGCACCUUUAAGGCGCUCAUUUUAACUUGUAAGUGAUAAAGAUGUUCUGUGGUGCUCUUGCAACUUGUGCUUGCUUACAGGUUAAGUUGUGUGUGCCCAAGCCUUUCCAUGAUUUUCCACUGUUUUGGAACAGAGGGAGGGAAACACAAGCUGAGGGCAUUGCAGGGGCAAGGGCAACAUAACUGUGUGCUGACCCUUCCUUUCCCUCUAUACUUUUAUUUAUGUUGGAGGGGAUGAUACGUGUUAAUAAUCAGUCAGGAAUUGGUAGAUGCAGGAUGUAGAGGUGAUGCAAGGCUGGGGGCAGCUGGGAAAGUGUCUUACCUUCAUGAAGCAACAUUCAAGUUGGAAAGAGAAAGGAGGCAAGUCGCGUAUUUCAGUAGGUUGCAUAGGAUUUGGUUUUUUAAAAAUGGCAAAAUUAAAUCAUUAGGAAUGAAUAAGAACACCACCUGCCUGGUGUUCUGAUGAUGCCUGAAUAUGGUUGCUUUGCUGAUUCUACUUUUGGUUUGGACUUUGCGCCUGAAGAUAAGAUGCAGCUGCACAAAUAUACCAGUUUUAUGAAAACUAGGUGUGUUUUGUAUUUUAAAUUCUAAAUAGCACACAUGCUGUUACCACACAACACCUCUUGUGGCUGUACAAGAGUAAGCUCUAGGAAUACUCCUGGGUCUAUUUCUCUUUUCCAUUAGACACUGGUAGAAGUACAGACUAGGUGCCUGGGAUUGGUAACCGACUAGAUGAGGGCUAAUAGAAUGAAAUACAGAAGAUAGGGGUGCUUUAGAUCAGUGGUCUGUGUGACUGAAGAAGUGUGGUUAAACCUGCCCCACAUGGGCAGCUAACAUCAGGAGCCCAGUUUGGAAGUGCUGUUGGAGGUGGCCCCUAUUCUGAAUCCCCAAGUGCCAACCCUUGUAGGCAGAUGUGGUCUUGGCAUGUGUAUCCUAGUAACAUCCAGCACAGGCUACUGUAAUUUGUUAUAUGUGGAAGUACCUUUGAAGAUCCCUUGGAAACUUAAGGUAAUUAAAAACUGAAUAGCUAGAUUGUGACCUACAAAAGCUAUAUCUUGCUGGUUGUAAGAGUUUCACAGACUCCAGUGCAAAGUGCUGGUGGCACUCUUGUCCCAAACUAUGCAGGAUUUUAUAGGUUACCUCAAGGCCUCAUUGAACCUGCCUGUUCUCUGAUAUCUUUGGUUCCCCUCCUCCGGAUUUGUAAUGCAUGGUGACUAUAAACCAGGCCUUCUCAGUGGUGAUGCCCAACUUUUGCAACAUUGCUGUAUGCCUGCCCCAUAGGUUUUAAAAUUUUAUUUACCUGUGCUUUUUAAUUUUCAGUCUGUUUAUCUCUUGCCGUAUUGAAAGAGUUGAGAAUUUAGCGUGCUUUGAGCUUUGUUGCUGUUCUGCUUAUCGUGUGAUAAUUUAUUGUUUUAAAGUUUGUGUUUUCAUUGUGUCUGUUGCCUCAUAUGCUUUUUCAAUAGGCUCUGCAUCUGUUUGAACCCUUGUCUUGCUUUCCUAAAUUAUUCCACAGGAAGUCUCAGGUCGUGCAGUUCAUCAGACUGCUUUAGCAAAGUGAUGCCUCCAAGAAAAAAGAGGCGACCUGCAGCUGGAGAUGACCUAUCAGCUAAAAAAAGUAGACAUGAUGGGUACGUAAUCUUACUUGGAUUAUUUGAUUCAGGAGUCAUUACUUUUGUAUGGACAGUAGGUCAGGAGGUGUGGACUUGUAUUUAACUCAACUCUGGUUUACUAAGCGGAGGUAGUAGGUUUUAUUUUAUUUUAGUAUGCCUAUUUUCUUUGAGGCAUGAUAUUGUAAUAACUCGAUGGGGAGACAGUUCUUUCUCUCAAAGGAAACUAUUUAGGAGGAAGCAUUUUUAAGGAUUCAAUUUGUAGAUUUGACACACAUUUGAUUAUUAUGGAAAACGAUAGUGUCCUAUGGAAUGCAAAUAUGACGGCUAGAUUUUGAAUUUGCAUACGAGUCCGAUUAUUUUCUUUCCGCUUCACCCCUGUCCCUGUUUCGUGAAAAGUUACAGUCCACUGAAAUUAUAUAGGCCCGAAUAAAAACAUAGGCUCCAUUUAGAUGCAACAACAAACCAUAGUUUGGUUUUGAGCAUGAUAGUUUCUAAAUGUGAAAAGCUGUGACUUGUACGUAUCAGCUAUCAGUCUAGGAUAAUCCUGCAUGUGUUCCCUUAUAUCUCCAACGAGAGACUUGGAAGUUGAAAACUCAUGAGGGGUUUGGAAUAUCUUUGGAGGUGAGAGUGGGGUUAAAUCAGUUCCACUUACGCCCUUCCUCCUUCAACAAACAUGUCAAGUGUUAGGGCUUUAAGUUCUGAUAUAGGCAUCCAUAUAUGUUCUGUAGGAAUGUUCUGUUUAGUUGUAGAUUAUUUUGUGAUUCUUUUAAUUGCCUCAGAGUUCUGAAAAUUAGUGGAUUAGAUAGGAGGAAGAGGCCAGCUUGGUAAUACAUUCUUAUAUAAAUCUAUAUAUAUUAUAGAAUUUAUAUAUUACGUUAUUUACCUCUUCCCCUGCACUAGAAUGUACAGAAAAUAUGAUUCUACUAGAAUAAAGACGGAAGAUGACAUGUUCUCGAGCAAGAGGUGCUUAGAAUGGUUCUAUGAAUAUGCAGGUUAGCGAAUAUAUAUAUUGCUUAUUGCUGGUUGCCCAGAUAAUGUUGAAACUUCAAGAAAAAUAUUCAAUAUCAACUCCAAUUUGAAUAUAAAGAUGCUUUGUAACAAAAAAAAUGUAGAUUAUUAAAAGCAUCUAUUAAAAUAGUUCAGAUGCACUCAGCCUCCUGAAAGAAUAAAGAAGUUAGUGAACACAUAUUUUCAAUGCCGAUGCAACUAGAAUGUUGGCUUUAAAUUGUAUAUAGUUUUUUAAAAUACAUUUGCUUGCUGCAUUAAAGAGGUUAAUCUCAGGAUAUACAAGGCUUCAAAUUUGAAGUCAAAUUUAAGUUGCCUGGUUAACCUUUGGCUAGCUGAUUUUCUGUUAAUGAAUGUAAAUCUGCAAAGUUGAAAGGAUAGGGCUUGAUUUUGAUUGAUGCACUACUUGCUAGGAGACAGCCUUUCAAAUAAGCAUACAUACAUAUACAUGCAUGCAUACGUAGAACAGUAUUUGAACCGUCACAUACUUGUGGCACUGCAAUGUCUCCAACCCUAUAUAUAUGGUCUAUUAAAAAAUUGCAGUUCUGUGAUUACAAAUGGAAGUAACACAAUCUCAUUUGCUUAUAGGAACAGAUGAUAUUGUGGGUCCUGAAGGAAUGGAGAAAUUCUGUGAGGACAUUGGGGUUGAACCAGAAAAUGUACGUUCAGAUUUAUUACAGAUGGCAGAGAGCUUGCUUGCUUUCAGAUAAUGAGAAGGGAGGAAGCAUAGUCCUUGUAAUGCAGGAUUUGGGUUUUUCAUUCAUUCGUUUACUCACUCAGGUUAUUUCCAGACCGUGAGCAACUUAUGCAUUGCAACUAUCUCAAAUGUUACAGUAAAGAGAAGGGUUGUGUUCCUGUUAGAAGAGGCAACUUUCCAGAAGCUUUUCUUUCUUUGUCCAGCUGACCGUUCAUUGUAUUCUUAUUUGGUUUUGAAUAUAAAAUGUUUUUGCCUUGUUUUGUUUGAAAAUAAAUCUCCAAAAAGUUGAGACCAAUGGCAAAAAUAGUCGUGGCUUAACAAAUGACACAAAUUUAGACAAUAAGGAUUAGACAACAUUCUGCACCCAGGAACUUUCUAUCUGGCUCCCAGUAUAGUCUCGAUUCCCUAGACCUGCCCUUACUUUGCAGCUCAGCCUUCUGCCUGUGGGACAGGUUAAGUGUUCAAGCCCUUCUUCCUCUUCCAAAUAGCAACAGAGGCCUAGGACAGAGCAGCUAUUAUUCUACACCUCAUUCUGAAACACAGGAGGAACGUUCUUUCACUCCUUCCUUCGGGGAGUUUAGCAGUGAAACCUUUGAACCCCUUCUUUGCGGCUUAGUUGCUCCUUCCCACAUGUCUAAAUUUUGCAAGUGGAAGUGCCAGAACUGUUUGCUUGCUGGCCUUUAUUCCACUGAAAAUAUAGCAAUUGUACAACAUUUAGCUGCUGCCGAAUGUUGUACCGCAGGGGCUUUUCUUUGCUUCAGGUGCCAUUCUUCCUUUGCACAUUCACAUAUUUGCUAUCUUAAAAGGAGUUAGAUAUUGGAUCACUUUCGUUUUUCUUGGGUGGGAGAGCUGGGUGGGGGUAGGAGCUGAGUAGAGCUUAUAAGAGCAUUGCCUUUGGUAUAGAUAAAGCAGGUGGCACCUUUGGCCUAGUACAAGUCGCUGGGGUUGGCGAUAAGGGUGAAUUACAAUUCAGGAAAUUGUAAUAUAAGUUUUGUGUUUUGUUUUUCAACCAGGUAGUUAUGCUUGUUUUAGCCUGGAAGCUGGAUGCUCAAAACAUGGGUUACUUUACGUUGCAAGAAUGGUUAAAAGGAAUGACAUCCCUGCAGUAAGUAUUUCAUCAGCAAAUGUGAAAUAAAUUUAGCAGUGGUGCAUUGUCAUUUUGUGAACUUUAACUUCACCCUGCGCAGAAAUAGAAAUUGUUCUGUCUUAUAAUCCAGCAAUUCUCCAUAUGCCUUUUGGGCCUCUUAAAUUAUACUUAUGUAUGUCUUAAAUGGUUUCAAAUGUUCGUAGCUGCUUUACUGAAUGCCUAUGAACUGUAUGUGAAAGAAGCAUCAUCGUUCUUGGUUACAGACUGAUUUACCUGCUAUAAUACAGACUAUAUUUUUGCUGUAACUGUAUUGCUUUUUUUUUUUUGAAAGGCAGUUUAUAAAUUCAAAGAUAAAGUACGAUUGGGUUCAGGGCCAGAAAAUAGCUUGAUGGUUAGCAGUGCGGAAUUUAAAUUGGUAUUUUAUUUUUAUUUUUACAGAUGUGAUACAACAGAGAAGCUAAGAAAUUCUUUGGAUUAUUUGAGAUCUUUAUUAAAUGAGCCUACAAAUUUUAAACUUAUUUACAGAUAUGCAUUUGACUUUGCACGUGUGAGUAGCUUGGAGUUCACAUUCUGAUCACCCCAUUUUUAUGAAUUCUUGUAUGGUUUCUUUCAUGAAGAGACGUUUAUAUCCCCGUGUUAAUGAUUUCCACUAAGCCUGUCAAGUUUCCUUCAGAGUGCAAAAUUCCAUUUGUAUUUUUACAGUUUUAUAUUAAUCUGCCAUGUUACUCAUUUGAAUCAUUUCCAAAUCGGUGUUACUGCUCUUGGCUCUUGUGUUAAUUUUUAUGGGUUCCCAGUUUGAUGCCUAAGCAUAUUUGCUUUCUUUCUAGAGCUCUUAGUUCUGAAAUCUUCAUUUUUUCAGAGUAGCAGACCACCCAAACCCAUCACAAAUCUCCCUUGCCUGGUUUUCUACAGGAAUAAUACAGCUGGUCAAGAGUCGUUCCUGCAGUCUGUUUCCUUCUUAACUACCACAUUGGCCCAAUCCAUUUCACAGUCCAAAAAUGAGAACCAGUGGACUCAAACUAUUUCCACAAUCCAGACCUUUGCCACUGCUAGAGGGCAUCUGGACCAUUGACUAAACUGUCUUGAAGCUGACAGGGUUGGAGACCCAACAUAUUGACCCUUCUUAAGCUCCCAGACACCGAGAAAUGCCAAGCACAGGUUGAGUAAUUGCUAUCACCAGCUGAACUUUGCAGGAGAGGAAAAGGAAUGUACCAUUAUGCAGUGGACAUUACUCCAAAAUAAUAACUCAUCAAAGGUGAAUACAUUGUUUAAUUGGCUAUCCAGGUUAGGAAGUUGAUGCUCUGAUUUGCAGACAGAAUGGAUGUAUGCAUUAGAUGCUGACAACAGCUCCCCAGGAGGUAUGGCUUCACUGUGUAUUUUAAACAAGCAAAAAGCAAGAGGGAACCAAAUGAAGAUAAUUGAAAUAUAGUUACAUUUUGUAAAGCAUAAACUGACAUGGUUUCUAGUUCAAAUGAAGAACAUUGUACAUAAACCUAGCUUACUUUUUUCUCUCUCUUUGACAGGAAAAGGACCAGCGAAGUCUAGAUAUAAACACUGCCAAGUGUAUGUUAGGACUUCUCUUAGGAAAAACAUGGCCUCUCUUUCCAGUAUUUCAUCAGUUCCUAGAGGUACAAGUAGAAACAUCUUUUUAUGUUUUAUACUGCUUUUAAAAGAUGCUGUACCAAGUUAAAACUGGGAAUUAGCAGAUAGUUGAACAGUUUUACUACCUGAGUUGAAUAUUUGAAUUGUUUUGCUAAACUUACAGGCAAAUUGUGUGUGUGUGUGUGUGUGUGUGUGUGUGUGUGUGUGUGUAAUUUUUGAUACACCUGAAGUUGUAAUCAACUUUGAGUUUGAGUCAGCCUCUGUUGCCCUUCUUUAAUAUAUGGGCAAGAGUGACUAACCUUGCAGGGUAAGGAUGACUGAUGGUGUACACAAACUGCUUUGGACAUCUAGUAUUGUAUGUGACUUUUCCGAAGUAUGAUGUAAAUUAUUAAGGUGUCUUUUCCCGAAAUCAAGCAAAAGCUCACGAGCACACAUUUCAUUUUUAGCUCUACAAAAUAAAUAGACGUGUGUUGUGCAUAGUCUUUGAAAGUGACAAAGCUUUUUUUUUUUGCAAAUAAUGUUUUCUGAUAUUUGAUUUUUGAGGAGCGUUAUUCCUGACACCACAUUACAGCUAUGGUACUUCGGUUCCAGUGUAUUAAGCUUGCUUGUUAUACUCUUAAAAUGGGCUUUCGUAACAUCCUUGAGUGCCGGCCGUUUCAUCCAAAAGGCAUUUUGAAUCUCUGAAGUGACCACAAAGCCAAACAAUAUACAGUAGUUGAAAAGUCAGGCAUUUCCGAUUUCAGUAACUGCUCCUCUUUUUUUAAUCAGCAAUCUAAAUACAAGGUCAUCAACAAGGACCAAUGGUGCAAUGUUCUGGAGUUCAGCCGAACCAUUAAUCUUGACCUCAGCAAUUAUGAUGAAGAUGGAGCAUGUACGUAUUUGCACGAAAAGCUACAAUCUAUUGUACCAUAUCUUACUAUCCAGAAGCUGUUCAUUCCAGACUUUUCUUUUUCUGUGUAAAAGGUUUUUUUUUAUUUGUGGCUUUUAUUUCUUGCAGGGCCAGUGUUGCUGGAUGAAUUUGUGGAGUGGUAUAAAGAGAAACAAAUGACAUAG